AGUCAUCUGUAUUGCAGAUGGACUAUUUAGGGAGGCUGCCAUGCCGCUGGGUUUGCUGGGAGAUGGGACAAAGAGCAUUGCCAUGCUGAGCCAGUGAGAGAAGGAGCCGAGGAGAGCCCGGGAGAGGAGGAAACACUUGAUGCGCAGAGCCAGACAAGAAGACCUGGCCUGCCAGUAUUUCUUGCUCUCCGCCAUGUCGGAGCAGGAAGAUGACGAGAUGUGCUGGAAUAACUUGGAGAACUUUCGGGUGAAGCUGAUCUCGGUGAUAGACCCCUCCAGAAUAACGCCUUAUCUCCGCCAAUGCAAAGUGAUUAACCAUGACGACGAAGAGCAAGUGCUUAAUGACCCCAGCCUGGUCGUCCGGAAACGGAAAGUAGGUGUCCUCCUGGAUAUACUUCAGAGGACGGGCCAGAAAGGUUUUGAGGCCUUUCUCGAGAGCCUUGAACUUUACUACCCACAGUUAUAUAUGAAAAUAACCGGCAAGGAGCCCAGCAGGGUCUUUUCAAUGAUUAUCGACACCGCGGGGGAGUCGGGCCUGAGCCAGCUCCUGAUGAACGAGAUCACGAAGCUGCAGAGUGCCGUGCAGGAGGAGAGGAGGAAAGCCCAGGAGCUCAACAUGUGGCUCCAUGCCAAGGAGGAUGCGCUCAAGGAGAUGCGGGUGAGGGACAGUGUGCUGCGGAAGCACCAGGAGAGGGCCCAGAGGAUGAAGGAGGAGAGGGACAACUUGGCUAAGGAGCUGAGGAAAUGCAAGGAUGAGAACUACGACCUGGCCAUGAGCUACGCCAAGCAGAGUGAAGAGAAGAACGCAGCCCUGAUGAAGAACCGGGAUCUGCAGCUAGAGAUUGACCAUCUGCGGCACAGCCUGAUGAAGGCCGAGGACGACUGUACACUGGAGAGGAAACACACAAUGAAACUGAAGCAUGCCAUUGAGCAGCGGCCGAGCCAUGAAGUGGUGUGGGAGAUCCAGCGGGAGAAGGAGCUGCUGCUGGCCAAGAAUCAAGAGCUGGAGAACACGCUCCAGGUCGCCAAGGAAGGGAACUUUGAGAAGAACAGCCUCUACAUCCAGGCUCUGGAGGCUGAUCGGAGACGGGCACUGGGGGAGCAUCAGGAGCUGGUGAACACCAUCUACAGCCUGCGCAAGGCGCUCCAGCAAGCAGAGGAUCUCCAGAACAAACAUGCGGAGGAGAAGGAGAUGCUGGAGCUGCAGUGCAUGUCCCUGAGGAAGGACUCCCGGAUGUACAAGGAUCGCAUUGAGAUCAUCUUGAAGCAGAUAGAAGAAGUGGCUGCAGAAAGAGACCAGGCACUGCUGACCCGAGAGCAGUUCCACAUGCAAUACUCCAAGAGCCUGGUCGACAAAGACGCCUACCGCAAAGAGAUCCGGGAGCUGGGGGAGAGGUGCGAUGAUUUGCAGCUACAGCUGUUCCAGAAGGAGGGCCAGUUACUAGCCGCUGAAGCCAAGCUGAAAAAGUUGCACCUGGAGCCACCCAUGCUGACUUCUGACCUCGAUGACGCCUCACCCAGGAGUUCCCAAGAGCUCUCUUUCCAUGGAAACCUGGAUGAGGACGCACUGCUGUCUGAUAAAAAAGAUCUCUCUGACGGUCGGGAUCAGCAGUUCAGUGCGUUAGAGAGCAUUCAGGGCCUGCCGUCAUCAACCGAGGGUGGCCCACCCAAUGGAGAGCUGGCUGAGAAGGAGCGGCGCCGGAUGAAGGACAGCUUUGAGCACUAUCGGAGGUCUGGCCUGUGCUCUCAGGACUGCUCUUGCCAUGUUUGCGUAACCUACUGGUCACUGUGUGUCAUGUCCCCUGCUGUAUCUGAUCCAUGGAGGAGGAGAAUCUGUUACUGCCUUCUCUUCUAGCUCAAGCCGUAGGGACUCGUGCAUUUAGUCCCAGAUGUGCCGAGCAAGUUGGCCAAAAUGGCAGCCGUUGCGUUGCACUGAAACAAGUGUGGAUGUUUUCAAACACACAUGUAUAUCAUGGCCUGUGUCGUAGGCUGCUUAGUGCCAUUGACCGAUUCCACCGUAGUUUAACAGAGUGGUACCCAGACGACAUGAAGCUGGGGGUGAUCACCUGAGUCAUGGGCAAUGGAUCACAACACCACUCACUCAGAUUUGUAGGGGGUCUGUGCAGGGGCUCAUGGGCCAUAGGAGUCAGGCUGCUGGUGAGGAAAAGGGGGUUCCUGAGAGGAGAAGGUGAGAGUCAGGUGACAGGGAUCUAUGCCCACCCCACCCCAGACUUUCAAUAGCACUCUGCAGUCCUGGGAACGCCAUACUUUGGAAAGUGCUGGCUUGGUAAGUUUGAUCUAUUUUACUAGCUCAGGGUUCCAGCCUGCUACAGCUGACACCAAAGACCAAGCUCCUAUUAAUGAGACUCAGGGCAGGUUUGAGCCCUUUCAAAACGAUAGCAAGCUGCUGAGUGCCUCUAUCUCCAUCUUUGGGUAUUGAAGGGACUGAGCAUCAUGUAAAAUGCAGAUCUUAAUUUGCACACUAAAUAGAAAUGACCCAAAAGGGCUAAAUGCUGGAGCAGAUUACAGGAAACGUCUAAAACCAUGUAGUGUUGCUUCUGUCAGUGGUAGUGUGCUGGGCUCUUAUGUAAUAUUUGUAUUCAAGAAGGAACUGAGAAUCAGGAAAUUCUUGUGUUCAGUUGUACUGUCCAUUGAGGAAUAUAGGAAUGGCUUUACUGCUCUAGACUAAACCCAAUAAGCUUCUGAUCACAGUCUAUAUUGAAUGCUUGAGGGGAAACCCAGAACACCGAUCACAAUUGUAGAUAAUUUAUUUGACAAAAAAGUUGCUCCAAUGAACAAUGUUGAUUCAACCAGUGCGCCCCAGAAGGUACAGGCGUGUGACACUGUAACAUGGAAGGAGACUUCUUCCUGACCUUCAGCAAGUGAUUACUUUGUGUCCUGGUGCAUGAAGAUAGAUAGGCCGCCUUAAUUUUUACUUUGGCCAGUGUCACUACAAAUGCACAGUCCUGUUUGAGUUCUAACUGAGCUUUUCCAGUUUGCUGGUUUAUGUGUAAUUGAAAAGCUUGUUGCUCGUGGAAUUUUGUUUUUCUCAUAAAUGUUUAACCUAA